GGACUGUGGUUGGGAAGCCAGAUUUCCUGGAGAGAACGCAUGCAGGGGCAGAAUUCACCAUCUCCAUGCAGAAAGCCAUAUGCUAGGAAUGAAACCCAAGAACUUCUUCCUGCAAGGCAACAGGGCUACAGCGCCUCGUCUCUGACCAUAUAAAGGAUCAGAUUUACUCAGUCUGACAUUCUUGGUGGUAGUUUGAAGUUUUUUAACAUCUAUAUGAUCACUAAUCUUGGACAUGUAUAGAAACAUUCAAAGCCAGCGAUGUGGAUGGAAGAAUUGCUGAAAGAAAUCUGCACUUCCAAGUUAUCAACUGACGGCUGUCUGGAGUGGUACAGUUGCAUCUCCACAUAAUCCAUGAUGUCAUUACCAAACGAGUCAGGAAACAGAGGGAAAGAUCGAGAGAGGGGGGCCCGGCCAAAGGUCAGGCAGAGCCGGUCAGAGGAGAGAAGAGACUCAGGAGGUGGUCGGAAAGGCGGAAAGGGGAAGAAAAAAGGCCUCUCCUCGCAUGAAGCUGUAGCUGAGCGGCCUGUCAGUGAUGGGUUUGAGUAUGGGGAACUGUUAAAUGAUCUGGAGGCAAAGGGCCAAACCUCCUCAUCCCCUCAGGACACCUGGAAAUGGCAGAGCUUCGAUGUCACUGGAUCGUUUUUGGGACAAAGUGCUGCAAUUAAGCAAGGUCAAAGCACAGUUAACUCUGCCACAGAAAUACAGGCUCUGUGUGAUGCAGAGGGCCGAGGUUCAAGCAGCAGUCGCACUCUCAGGCAAAAAAUCCAGGAUGCAAUGGGACAGUGUUUUCCAAUAAAGACGCAUAGUGCUGCAGCACCAGCUUCAACCCCUCAGGCCUUUUUAUCAUCAGCUGCCUGUGCCUCCUCCAGGCGGAAGAUCCAUCUCAGUGAACUGAUGCUGGACGACUGCCCAUUCCCUGUAGGAUCAGAGCUGGCUCAGAAAUGGUAUCUCAUCAAGCAACACACAGCCCCCAUUACCCAGCCUCCGCUGUUAGAUCCCUCAGUUGUGUGCAGUGUCCCAACUUCAGCAAUGGCUGCUGUGGAAGACGUGGAUGACAAGCUGCGAGAGCGCAGGCGCAUCAGCAUUGAGCAAGGAGUCGAGCCACCCCCCAAUGCGGAGAUCCACACAUUUGAGGUGACAGCUCAAAUUAACCCACUGUACAAGCAUGGCCCCAAGCUGGCUCAUGGCAUGAAUGAAUUAGCUGGGGCUGACAGAGCCUCUGCCCAGCAGCAGCAACAGCUUCUUCUCCAAAGACAGCAGCAACACCAGCUCUUGCUGCAGAGCUGCCUGGAUACUCUCGAUGAGGUCGCAGCCUCAGCAUCUGCUUCUCUGCACUCCUCCGACAUGUCCUCUGACCCUUUGGUUGACCCAGAGGUGACAACAAACAGUUUGACAUUAAGAUCCACACUUCCAAGCACAGAGCAUCACAAAUCCCAAGAAGGCUACCAUUUUCACACUCAGAUCGAUUACAUUCACUGUUUAGUCCCAGACUUGCUGCAGAUUACUAAUCUCCCGUGUUACUGGGGGGUCAUGGACCGAUAUGAAGCGGAGACACUGCUGGAAGGAAAGCCUGAAGGCACCUUCUUGCUGCGUGACUCUGCCCAGGAAGACUACCUCUUCUCUGUCAGCUUCCGUCGCUACGGCCGGUCGCUGCACGCACGCAUUGAACAGUGGAACCACAACUUCAGCUUCGACGUCCACGACCCCAGCGUCUUCCACGCUCCCACAGUUACGGGGCUGUUGGAGCACUACAAGGACCCCAACUCUUGCAUGUUCUUCGAGCCCCUUCUGUCCAACCCCAUACACCGCACACACCCCUUCAGCCUGCAGCACAUCUGCCGAGCCGUCAUAAGCAGCUGCACAACAUACGACGGCAUCAACAUGCUCCCCAUUCCAAAUGCGCUGAAAAAACACUUGAAAGAAUACCACUAUAAGCAGAAAGUGCGAGUACGGAGGAUGGAUACGUGGUGGGAAUGAAAAACAAGUUAACUCAGACUCAAGGACCCAGUCACAUACAAGCCUUUUUUUUUGAAGUACUGUGCAUAAAUUCACAUGACACUGUAUUUAUUUAUUUUAUUCCUGCUUCAUGUAAUAACAAUCGUACUAAACCACACUGAUGAGACAAUGUGUUAUCUCACUGAUCUUGCACAUUCAGCGUGAUGUUAAGCUCAGAUUAAACAGUUUCAGAUUCA